AGCUGCACAAGCACCAGAAGCUCUGCACCAGCUGCAGCAGCAGAGCAGCACCAGUAGCAUCAGACACACACACACAGAGAAAUCUCAAAUCUCCAUCAUACCACUCUCUAAUCACAACCAUUACUUUUAUCCAUCUACACAAGAUUCUCUAACCAUGCUCAUGCUCAUGCUCAUGCUCAUGGUCCCUUAAAUAAAUAUACCUUCUUUUCUCUUCCAACCCCCUAUUCUAAUAUUAAUAAUACUCUCUUUCUCUUUCAUUUUCUCUCACAUACAAACAUUUUCAUCUCUGCAUUUUUAGUUUUUAAUUCUACCAUGAUGGUUUAUUCAAACUACAAUUACUUCUUUCUGUUCUUUUCUUCUGUGUCUUAUCAGUUUUUUAAACCUGCAUUGCUUUGAAACAAGUAUAGUUUUCAUGACACUCUUUUUUCUCUCUCUCUGGUGCUUCUAUAUACACAUAUAUUAUAUAUAUAGCUUCCCUUUGGUCUGCAUAUUUCUAUUUCUCUCUUGUUCUACUCUUCUUCUUGCUUGAUGAUGAAUGGGAGGAACAGGUUUCCCUUCACCCCAUCACAGUGGCAAGAGCUUGAACACCAAGCUCUCAUCUACAAGUACAUGGCUUCGGGAAUUUCCAUUCCACCUGAUCUUCUCUUCACAAUAAAAAGGAGCUACUUUGAUCCCCCUCUGUCCUCAAGGCUUUUGCCUAACCAGCCACAGCACUUUGGAUGGAACUACCUGCAGAUGGGUUUGGGGAGAAAGAUAGACCCUGAGCCUGGUAGGUGUAGAAGAACUGAUGGUAAGAAAUGGAGAUGCUCCAAAGAGGCAUACCCAGAUUCAAAGUACUGUGAGAGGCACAUGCACAGAGGGAAAAAUCGUUCAAGAAAGCCUGUGGAAGUUUUGAAAACAACACCAUCAACAAACACAAAUGCUUCAACUCAACAACCAAUCUCAUCUAUCACCAAACUCAAUACUCUUUCUCCUCUUGCAUCAUCUGAAUCACACCAACAUCACCCUCCACACUAUGCCUCCUUUCUCUAUCACCACCCUCCAUCGUCAAGGUCCUUUGAAGACAACAGUGCUCCCUUGUUUCUCGACACUGGCUCUUGCUCUCAGUCCAACACAGAUUGCAGGAGUAGGUAUGCAUACGGAGAGAAGGAAGAGGUGGAUGAGCACGCUUUCUUCACAGAGCCAUGUGGUAUAAUGAAAAGCUUUUCUGCUUCCUCUAUGGAUGAUUCUUGGCAACUCACACCAUUGACAAUGAGCUCCUCUUCUUCUUCCACCAAACAGAGGAGUUCCUUUGGCUUGUCCAAUGAUUAUUCUUGCUUGCAACUUCAAAGCCACUCAAAGCAGCAGGAGCAACAAGAUCAGGGUGGUUGCUACAUGCUGGGUGGAGGCCAACUUGGAAAAGAAGAGCCUCAGAAAACCGUCCAUCGCUUCUUUGAUGAAUGGCCCCACAAAGGAAGACAAGGAUCUUGGCUCGAUUUGGAUGACAAAUCCUCCACAACCCAACUUUCAAUUUCCAUUCCCACCUCUUCUCACGACUUUCCAGCCUUCAGUUCCAGAACCCACCAUGAUGGUUGAGCUUACAUUUGAAUAAAGGGUCCUUGUACGGAAUGAAAGGCCAAAACUGUACCUAGAAGGUGGGGUUAAGAUGCUUCGGGGUCUUCUUUCAACCACACCCCCUUCUUUUUCUUCUGCCAUAAAGGCCUUUGAAAGGGAUUGCUGUCUCUAAUGUGUAAUCAGUCAUAUAUAUAUAUAUAUAUAUGCUAAUGCUUUUUCUUAGUACCAAACAUUCUGUGACUAAGCCUAAGCUCUUUGAUGCUUGAGCUAACAUUCAAAAUUUUCACAUCUUUGUGUUUUUGGUUAAUCAUUUUCUGUUUCAUAGAUA